AUGGCCAAGGCAGCCGACUUUUCCGUUUUCAGUGUUCUGGUGACAGGCUCUGAUCGGGGGAUAGGUCUCGGUCUGGUGAAGAGGUUUCUGAUGCUGCCUUCUCCACCCAAAUGGGUCUUUGCUACAACUCUUGAUCUGAAUGGAGAAGAAACCAAGGAAGUGAAAGAGUUGGCAUGCGAGCAUCCAAACCUGGUGUUGUUGCAACUAGAUGUCACUGUUCUUGAGAGCAUCAAGGCAGCUGUAAAAGAGGUGGAAAAGUGUGUUGGAGAAGCUGGGCUGACCCUCCUAAUCAACAAUGCUGGCACUUGGUUCUUCAAAAAUCUAGAAAAUGAAAACGCCAAGGAUAUGAUGGCCCUAUAUUCAGUGAACACCAUUGGGCCGCUGCAAAUGAGUCAGGCCUUUCUGCCCCUGUUGAAGAAGGCAGCCCAGCGAAGUCCAAGGGAAGGGCUGAGCAGCAGCAAGGCAGCUAUCAUCAAUAUCUCCAGUGCUCUUGGCUCAAUGGAGGUUAUGCUUAUUUGGGAAAAAGGGCAGGCAGUUUCAUACCGCUGCAGUAAGGCUGCUUUAAACAUGGUCACCAAGUGCCAGUCACUCGAGUAUUCAGCUGAUGGGAUUCUGAGCAUCUCCAUCCAUCCUGGCUUGGAAGUGAAAGAGUUGGCAUGCGAGCAUCCAAACCUGGUGUUGUUGCAACUAGAAAAUGAAAAUGCCAAGGAUAUGAUGGCCGUAUAUUCAGUCAACACCAUUGGGCCCCUGCAAAUGAGUCAGGCCUUUUUGCCCCUGUUGAAGAAGGCAGCCCAGCGAAGUCCAAGGGAAGGGCUGAGCUGCAGCAAGGCAGCUAUCAUCAAUAUAUCCAAUGCUCUUGGCUCAAUGGAGGUUAUGCUUUUUUGGGAGAAAGUGCAGACAGUUUCAUACCGCUGCAGUAAGCCAGAAAUCACUGUGGAAGAGAGCACGCAAGGUAUGAUGACUGUGCUGUCCAUGCUUUCUGAAGAGGACAACGGGACCUUUGUGGAUUGGUUGGGUCGGAGAAUUCCUUGGUGA